AUGUCUACUCCUACUCCUACUACUCCUGCUACGGCUGCUUCCAUGGGUGGUGAUGGCCAAUUACAGGUUAUGAGCCUUUACAAUAUCUUCACUGGCCUCACCAUUCCAUCGGAAUACAUCUUGCUGUCCAAAGCAAAUUUCACCAGAUGGAGAAAGAACUUCAUUACUAUUGCAGAAGGGGUUUCUGAAAAUUUUGGAAACUAUGUCAAAGAUGUUCCCCUUGCUGCUGGAGCUAGUGCUAACAAUUUGCAAUUCAAUAAGCAGGUUGAUUUGUUAUUACAAUUAUCAGUUGAUAAAGAAAUUUUAAGGGAAGCUCGUACUUUGGGAAGUAUGGGCAAAGCUCUUUACCUGGAAAUUGUUGAAGAAUACAGUCAAAUGUUCACUAUUGACAAAGUUCAAGUCAUUACCUCGUUAUGGGAUAAAUUGCUUGAUCUGCUGGUUGACAUCAAGAAAAGAUUAGUUACCCAAAAGGAAUUUUUUCAAUUUUGGAACCUGUUGACAGCAGAUGAACAUGAAGGAAUUUUACCAUUUGUUUGGCUUCACUUAUCUAAGUCCAACUUUAACCUGAAGUAUCUUGAAGGUUUUGAUCCUUCGUUAACAGUCACUGGUAUCAAACGGUUUCUCACUUUACAUCCAGAAGUUAACCAGACAUCCGGUGUCCUGUCAUUGCCAGUUAAUUAUAUCAACAACACGACUCUGUCCACAAUUCAGAUCACAGACGCUAAUGUUGAAGCAAAAUUCAGAUAUCAAUGUUUUAAUUGCUUCGGUUUAGGUCACACUUCUUCAAAGUGUGCACUGCCUAGACGGGGAAGCAUUAAGAUUCCAAAUCUUGAAAAGAAAUUGGAUUAUUACCGUCAAAAGAAAGUUUUCAAUCGCCGUCGUGGUGGUACCAAUGCUGACGAGUCUAGAAUUGCUGAAACAGUGUCUGACUCAUUGUCGAACUCAACUAAGUUUACCAGCACUGAAGCUAAUAAGUGGUCUAACAAUCAGGGAUCUAAAAAUGCCAAUGUCAUUAUAGUUCUGUCCGUCGAGUCCCUGACUAACCCUACUAGUGCUUCAAACUUUAUUAUUGAUACUGGGGCGUCUGUCAACUUAUGCAAUGAUGUUAGUCUUUUACAUGAUUAUACUCAUUUUUCAGAACCACACUCUGUGGUUGCUGCUAAUGGUGAGUCCCUUAAGGUCUUUGGUCAUGGUACCUUGAAAUUCAAUCAUAACUCCGUUGAAGUUGAGAUCUUAUAUGUUGGCUUUGCUCCUAAUGUGGCCGUUAAUUUACUCAAUCCCAAGUCACUUAUUCGUGGACCACAAGACUCUAUCACCUUAAGCCAUGAAGGUGUUGUGCAUUCCACACUUGGAAAAAUUGGUACUUUUGGUGAUACGUCGAACUGUGUUAUGUCGCCAAUUGUCAAUCCUAUGUCUGCUGCCAUCUGUGCAGUGUUGAAUCGUGAUCAAGUGGCCACCUUACAUCACUCUUUUGGUCAUCCUAAUGCUACCUCUUUCAAAAAGAUGUUAGACCUGGCCGGUCAUGUUGCUAAAACUGCGGACAUUAAAAGUCCUUGUGAUUCAUGUUUGCAAACUAAGAAUUUCCAACUGUUCCCUAAAGCAUCAGACGGUCCACACACCAAAACGCCGCUUCAGAUUAUUCAUCUUGAUGUUGCCGGGCCCUUUGGGGGUCCUGCCGUGGACUUAUCAAAAGUUUUUCUCGUUAUAGUGGAUGAUUUUAGUCGCCACAAAUGGGUGUUUCCUUUACAAUCGAAAUCUGAUGCCACUGAAGUUAUAAUCAAUUGGAUACGUCACUGGGAGCGCUAUUUUGCUGGUCGUGGUGAAUAUAAAGUGUCAUCCAUACGGUCUGAUAAUGGGGGAGAAUUCCUCAAUCAAGAUAUGUCAUUAUUCUGUUUGAAACAAGGGAUUCGUCACGAGCGUACUAUUCCGUACAAUUCCCACCAAAAUGGAAAAGCUGAAAGAGCUAUUCGAUCAAUCAUGGAUAAACUGAGGACCCUUCUUUGCCAAUCAGGUUUACCUUCUACCUUCUGGUGCUAUUCUACUAUCAUGGCUGCCCACCUUCUUAACAUCACACCAUCUGAAGUGUUGAACUACCAAACAUCAUAUGAAAAAUGGUAUGGCAGUGCCCCAAAGUACAGUAAGUUACACCCAUUUGGGAGUACAGCGUAUGCGCAUGUACCCACGACGUAUCGAUCCAAGCUUCAACCUAAUGGUGUUAAAUGUAUUUUUCUUGGCUAUCCUCAAACUCAAUCUGGUUACUUGCUAUAUGAUAUUCAAACCAAGACCAUUGUGGUUGCCAAAGAUGUUAAAUUUGUGGACUCGGAGUUCUUGGCUUCAUCUAUUGAUUUUUCUGAAAUAAAUGCAACUAAGUUAACUAUUCCUGGUGUCACUCGAAGCUCCACCACAUCGGAGACUUUUGUCCCUUCUCGAACGAGUCAAAAUUUUCCAACUGAACCAACAGCUGUUGUGACAUCUGAUGAAAUUGAUAUUAUUGACAAUCCAUCUCCUCACCAAUCACCUGAACAUUCACCUGUAUUAACUACUGUUUCCUCGACUCCAUCUUCUCCAUCACUACCACCUCCUCCCAUAGUCCAAGAAGGAUCGGAAUAUGAAUACUCCAGCGAUGUGUCCACCCUUCUUAGCUCCAAUUCUACUGUUUCUGAUAACCUUGACUUAGUCAUUGAUGGUUUUGGUAUGAUGGUUGAUAAAUCUAUUUGUGGGGGAGACAACACAUAUGUGGUUCAAAACUUGGAAGUGAAUGAACAUUCAAAUAAAGUUUAUGCAGUGACUAAGGCCCACAAGAAGUAUAAGAUUGAUAAUGUCCAAAUAGAUUCAUCUGCAUCUGGCUGCUUCACUGAAUAUAAGUGGAAAUUGUUUUAUAAUCAAACGACCAACUGA